AUGCAACUCUCAGUCGUUGCCGUGGCUGUCGCCCUUGCUGCAGCAAUCGUCUUUGCCGUCCCCGUCCAGCAGCAGCAGCAGCAGCAGCAGCAGCAGGCUCGGCAAAUAGUUGCCGUGGGCUGGCUCAACGAUACAGCUCAGCCGUUUGACCCCUCCAGGAUGGCGUCGGUGGAAGACUGA